UAAUAAUCUGAGGCUAUAGACGGGUUAUAAAGAUCGUAUUUCCAUAUGUGUACAGUAUUACGGAAGGAGUAUCUAUUAUCAACAUUUAUAUUAAACUUUGUAUUGAGUAUAUAUGACAUGUGUGUAACAGUAAUUAUGCGUCAUGGUGUGUAAUGUUACAAAGGAACGGCUCUGGACGGUGUUCAUCCAAACAACAAUAUUAAGUUGGUUUACUCAUUGAGUAUACAUAUGUUUAACGUUGGAUCAGUAUUGGAAUAGAAGAAGAUAAAUACAUGUAUAAACAUUCGAACGUGUAAGUUUUAUAAUGUGAAAAAAAUUCUAUGUGUAUCUUGGAAACAGUAAGCUUACCUUCAUCAAAAGCCAUAGUUAUGUUAAUUUAAUUGAGAACAUAAAGGGUUUUUAUAUAAGAGACGCCGGAUUAAUAAAAAAACUUUUACUAAAACAAAAUAAAAUAGCAUCGCUGCAUUGAGUAGAUCUAUAUUUUUUCAACUAAAACGCGUAAUUGUACAUAUUUGUCUUAUGUCGUCUGCUGGAAUGAAGAAUAGGGACAUAGAUGGUGGAUGGGCAUGGUUAGUGCUGGUUGCUGUAUAUUGUGGUAAAAUAGUUCUGUCUACUGCAUUGUACAUGUCAGGGGUGUUUUAUGUGGCAUUGGUUGACUUUUACCACGAAGAUCCGGCAAAAACAGUGAUCAUAGGCUCCUUAUAUUCGGGAUUGAUGUGUCUAUGUGGUCCGUUUGUUUCCAUUUUGAUCGAAUCGUUCAGUUGUCGUACAUCCAUGGUGAUAGGUGGUGUUCUUGUCUCGUUGUCAUACUUCGUCAGUGCGUUCGUUGAUGAUAUUAAUUAUCUUAUAGUUACCAUGGGGGUAUGCGGAGGCAUAGCAAACUCAAUGGCGUCUGUUCCUUUGAGCGUUUCACUGGGGUACUACUUUAAUGAGCGGAGGAAUACAGUUAUAUCUCUAUCUAUGGCUGUUAUUGGUCUCGGGAUGUUUAUCGCUUCGCCAUUAUCCUUGUAUUUAUUAAAUAACUAUGGGCUAAAAGGUACAUUCAUGAUAAUCGGUGCUUUUACAUCUCAUAUUUGCAUUUGCGGAAUGAUUUGUAAACCGUCAUCUAGUGAAUUAGCAAUUCAAAAGGAAAGACAAAUUGAUCAGAAUAAAAGAAAAAUUCGAAGAGAAAGAUCUAAUUUACCUUUUCUUCUUAAUAAAUGUACAAGUAUAUUAAGCAUAUUUAAUGUUAAGUUGUUCAAAAAUGUAUCAUUUAUGCUAUUUUUAUUAAGCACUGUUACGUGGAACAUCAUGCAAUCUAUUUGUUUAAUGCAUCUCCCGUAUUACAUUGUGACCAAAGGUUUUCCAGAAAGUUCGAUAACUCUCAUUAUGACUGUUUUUGGUGUAAGUAACACUUCCGGUAGGUUCCUUUCCGCAUUGACAGUCGGAGCAGGUGGUAUCGAUAGUCUUACUCUUCAUGUAGGCAUGCUUGGUGUAGCCGGUGUAGUGACCUUGACUUUUCCACUUUACAGCCAUUUUGUUUCCGCCGGAUAUAUUUACGCAGCAGUUGCUGGCUUCUACACCGGUGGCCCUAAUUCCGUGAUGACACCUAUAACUUUGCGACUUGUAGGUGUGAAAGAUAUUUCAUCGGCGCAUGGUCUGGAAAUUUGCUUCUGUGGUAUAGGGAUUUUGGUCGGACCUCCCAUUGCAGGUGUUUUGUAUGAAGCCACUCAUUCUUAUGAGACCAGCUUCAUGAUGUCAGGAAUAGUGGUUUUGGCGGGAAGUUUUCUGGGAAUUUUGUCAUCAAUAAAAGCUCCUCCUUUACCUUCAGAGAACCUUCAUAAUGAUAUAUCUAUCACUAAUCCAGACGACACUGAGAUAGCAGAAGAGUUACAUACUCUAGAAAACGAUAAAGACACAUUGCGCAUAGAACCAGAAAAACAUGAAGAUCUUUGCGAAGAAGAUACAAGUUUCAUUAGAAAUAGUAAACAGUUAUAGAUAAAAACAAUUUUGUAUAUGUUUAUUUAAUCAGUAUUUUGAUAGAAUUCCGGUAUUUUUUUUCCAGUUUAUAUUCACUCCUUUACUGCUUUCAAUGACAUUAUUCUCAGGUAACUCCUAUCACGAUGAAUAGCUGAAUAAACGUGUCCAUCAUUAUUUUAAUCUGGAUAUAAAUAACUAUUCAUAACCGUUUAGGGCAUUUCAACAUAUGACCUGACUGUUUAUCGAACAGUACAGGCAGAGAUGUGUCGAUCAUGGUUGCUCAGAUCGCAUAUUUUAUUUAAGUCGUUGCCCGCAGAUAAAAAGUGAAAGAUUUGCUUAACUUAAGUUUGGUGAGAUAUAACCAGGAUGUACUGAAUCUAACCAAUAAUGGUCAUUAACAUUCUCAUUCGAGUAUAAAAGUUGAUCUAAACUGCACUUUAAUUUUCAUUAAUCGCUCAAAUACAAAACAGUGUGGAAACCUUACAUUAUCCUUUUUUUUUCAUUUUUUUCAUAUUCUAAAAUCAUGUUAAUACUGUCAAAAUCAUAUUAACAUACAACAUUUUGUGACUAAAUAUAAAACAUAUCUACUUUAGAUAGAUACUUCAAAAGUUGG